ACUCUUCACUCUCAUUGCCGAACUCUCUCUUUCUUCUCUUUAUGUUCUUCUGAUUUUCUCUGAAUUCCACAACAGUACACGCACAAUCUUCAACAUUUUCCCAACCAUUUGGUAGAUACCGUACUAGAAUCAGAGAGAUUUUGAGGAGUAAUCUAAAUCUUGGCGAUUAAUUCUCUGCAUUAAUUUGCGAUCUGGAAAAGUUGUUUGGGCCAUGGAUCUAGGUUGCUUGGAUUUGGGUUGCAUCGAAAAGCAUAGAAAUGAGGCGUUUCUUGAUUCGGGAACCAAUCUCAACGACCCUGUAAUGGCCACUUCCAAGAUCGGAAAGAAUAAGGCAUUGAAAGAGGCUGGUCAGUCAAAUAUGAAUGCUCUCAACAAAUUUACAUCACAAAUCAAGAAACCCCCUCAUCGUAAAAGUUCACCUCUCAACUGGUUUCCUCGCAAAAAGGUGGAUUCCUACUUGCAAAGGAAAAUACAACUGCUGCAGGAAGCAGAGGGCAUGAAUUCAACUCUUGAUGAGACUCUAGGUGACACUAAUCCUCAUUAUUCAAGAGUUCUGAGAGAAAAGAUUGCAGUUAGCAAGGCUGCUCACAAGGCAAUGGAGGCUCGAAAGGCUGCAAUGGUGGAAGCGUCUUGGUGUCGAAUACUUCAAGCAGCAAGGAUCCGAAGUAAAGAAGCAGAAGCUCUGAUGUGGGAAGCUGAAAAAAGUGCAGUAGAAGCUUUUGAAGCAGCAACUGCUAUUGGUGUGAUCAUGUAUGAUACACCUGAUUGCCCUCGUAAACAUUAUGAGAUAGAAUCAUUAUCUGUCAAUGGAGGAGGAUCUACGACUCAUACCGUUGCGGCUUCUUUCGAGACAGCAUUUGAGGUAGACAAACAAGUAGCUGCAGCGGUGAAAGCUGCAUUCAUUAAGCUCGCAAGCUGCCCUUCGAUAAACAAGAAGGAAUUUAAAGAACUUAUGCAAAAAAUCAGUCAAAACCCAGAUACAAGUGAGAAUAAUCAGGAACUGUCAGAGAUUUCCUCAGAAUGUGAAUCAGAUACUGGAUCAGAGCUAGAAUCAGGAUUUCACAGAGAUGAUUUUAGCUCUCAGGAUGUAAAAAAAUGUGAGGCAGCAGUGGCAGAGGUAAGACUAAGAAAAUAUAAGAAACGGCAGCUUUGUGAAAGGUUUAAUAUGACGAAGCUUGUGGACCUGAUGCUGGAAAGGCUUAGAUGUCUGCGAGAAGAUGAACUUGCUUCCCUUGCCACUAUAGUUGCCACUUGUGGUUUAAAUGCCGCUCUAGCAGAAGCAGAAAGCAACAAACAGGAUAAUUUAGGCUCUGAUGCUGACUAUGGCUCGAUCCCAACUCUCAAUUAUCCAAGGAAGAUAUCUUCCUUUACAGCAGCAGGAGCCAGAAGGAAGUCAACCAUGGAUAGGCAGAUGAGAAGGAAACAAGUUGAGGCAGAACUUCCAAGUCUUGACAAGUUUCUUGUCAAGCAUUUAACAAAACUGGAAAGAGAAGUGCAGGAAGCAAAAAAUGCGAGAAUGAAUGAGGCUAGGGAAAGAAAUGGGGAGAAGCCAGAAAAAUCUGAUGACCAUAAGGUAGAUUCAGUUACGGAUACAAGUUCAGCUGAGGCUAUUCCAGACUUGGGAGCUAUCCUUUUGAAGCAUUCGUCAAAGCUUGAGAGGGAGAUUGAAGAGGCGAAGAAGAAUUCUGGAAAGUCAGGUGAGACGGAAGGCAAGAACAGAAGGUCGCUUCGGCGUCCAAGACAAGAGGCCACGGAUCUGCCUAGUUUGGACAAGUUUCUGGUGAGACAUGUUUCCAAACUAGAAAGAGAGGUCCAAGAAGCAAAGACCAGAAGCAAAAUUGAACCAAGUGAAGGAGCAAAGGUUUGUGAUUUGAAGAAAACCGACACAACUUCAGUUAAUCAAGAACGUAGUGAAUCAGAGGAAGUGGGGAAAGAGAAUAUGAAGCCAGAAAUGGAUCAGCAAAAGGAAGCUACUCUUGUUUUGAAGCCAGAAAGCACCAAUGUAGAGUAUGAAAGCUUGGAUAAGGUUCUAGUUAAGCAUGUUUCGAGGCUUGAGAAGGAGAAAAUGGCUCUAGGAACAAAGGAAGAAGUGGCGCAAGUGAAGAGUAGGGAGCCCAACUCAGCUUCUGAGAUGAGUGAUGGUGGUUUGGACCAAAUUUUAGUGAAGCACAGGUCAAGACUUGAGAAGGAAAAGAUGGCUGCUGCUCAUCAACCAGACGGCCAGGCUAAAAAUGCUGUAGUAUUGCGACGAGAGGCAAGAGAAAGAGAGUUGCAGGAAGCAUGGCGAGGCCUGAGUUUAGGAAACAUCUCCUCCACAGGCGAAGGUGGUUUGGACCAGGUAUUAAGGCCAAUGUCAAGGUUAGAGAAGGCAAAGAUGGCUGCUGCUGCUCAGCAGGAACAAGAUGAUGAGCAGCAGAUGAAGCCGUCCGUUGCUCGGCGACAAGCGAGGGAGAGAGAGUUGCAGGAAGCAUGGGGAGGCUUGGGUUUAGGAAACUCCAUGCGCCCACAUCUCUCAAGGCUUGAACGAGACAAGGCUGCUUGGCUCAAAGCUGAAGAAGAGGAAAGGAGGAGAGCUACCAAGGCAGUUUGAGGCCUUCAAAGCUGUGUAAAUAUUGAAUAGUGUAUUGUCUUUUGUUAAUUAAGUUCGUUCCAGACAUAUGUCCUGUUACAUACAAGUUUGAACAAUGUUAUUUUUUUUUUGUCGAAUCAAAUAGGUUGAUUCGGUACAUUACAUAGAAAAUUUUUCUUAAUCUGUGAUUAUUGGUGGUGUAACUAUCAGUUGAUCCAUAAUUCCUUGUUUGGGUGAAAAGUGUGAAUGAUAUCAAAAAGAAAAAAAAAGGA